UGCGUGUGCGUGUGUAUGUGUAUGUGGUGGAAGUGCAAUGUGCAAUGUGCUAUGAAGAGUUUGAGGCAAUGAAGUUAGGAUUUUGUUGCAAAUUUGAUUAGAAGGGAAUCUAAGGGGGUAAUGAUGGUGAGGAAUGAUGUAGUCUGUCUUUGAUUUAAGUUGUAUGUAUAUAUAUGUGGUGGUUAUGCUAUUUUUGUCAAUUUUUGAUGUUUUGUUUGCGGUCUUUGUUAUUGGAAUUAAUAUUUCCUAGAAAGGCUACAGCUUAUUUAAGAAUACUUUGGACUUGUUUUGUUGCUUAGUUAUCUCCGGAUUUCUUGGACAACUCUGAGUUAAUUGCUCAUUAAAUUCAGUUCAAAGGAUUCCCGAAUCAUAAGGUAUUAUGUUUGGAGGAUACUACUUUGUAUGGUCAAGCUAAUAGUCAUCCUUAACAUCUCAAAGGUCAGUAAAAUGAAAGCAUCAUGAGCUGCUGCCUGACUUUUCUGAGCUCCUAUGUUAGUCCUUGACUUCGACCUUUCAAUUGGCAUUAUUCAAAAAGCCAGCAUUUUAUGCACUUUUUUGGCAGUCCCAUUAUAGUGCCCAUUUUCGGCCUCCUCUCUGUCCUUUGCAAUCUCACUCAAACCCAUCUUUCACGUUUGUGUCUAUCUGCAAAGGUUAGCCUAAUAUUCACCUUUAACUCUACUGUUAUGAAUUAUGUAUGCUAAGUAAAUGCUGAGAAAUGGCUACCCUGAUUUAUAAUUCACUGAAGCAGAAAUAAUAACAAGACCUUUAGAGUAACUUGUGAAUGGUGAUGCUACAUCAUUACAGAAAUUGUAUGAUGAGUGUAAGUCUUUAACUGAUCUGCCUUCCUAAAACAUGUUCCUUCAGUCCUCAACAUUACUCUGACAGCAGGAGAUAUUAUCACUUUGCUACGAAAUUUUCACAAAAUAAGUAACCACACGACUUCAUAGAAAAAGUAAGGAGAUUUCAAUCAUUUCUUGCUUCCAUGAGCACCAAUAUAGGGUAAAUUUUAUUGCUUACGAGCAGUAAAAUAGCGUCCAGAGUUGGGUAGUUGACUCUGUAGAUCUGUCCUUAUGCAACCGUAUUCUUAUCUGACUGACCAAAGAGGUAGUUCAUCAUGCAACAUGCAAAUCAGAAUUUUGAUAGGGACCAACUGUCUUAUUUUAUGCCUUAUCUUUGUAAUGAAAGGGUAAAAAUUUCAGAGUUGCUGAAGUCAUUUUGCAUAAAUAAAUUUAAAGUCUUAAUCAAUCAUAAAUGAUCUUAAUUAGGACUUUUUAAAAUUUCAUAACCAGUUGUUGACCAGAUUAAUCUUAUCAUAGCUAAUAGUCUCAGUCAGAAAAGUGCUUGUUUAUAGAAAUUUUCAUCCCACAUUCUCACUUGUUGUCUUAAUAGAACUUGUCUAAUCAACUAUUAAAGGAGGCUCAAUACUUAGCUACCCUGGUAAAUUUCCCUAAUCCACACACAACAACUUACUUGAUGCAUCGUUCCAAUUUUAGACACGGUACCAGCUGUUUUUUUUUUUUCGCUGAAAUGAAAAGAAUCAGAGUAGUUAUUACUAAUAAAUUAGCAAAAUCAGAUUAGUAAGUAGCAGGUUUUGAAUGGUUAUUAAAAGUCAAAUUGAAAAAGAAUACCAACUUUAAAGACUUGACUAUAAACUCCCAUAUAUUUUGAAGCUCAUUCUCUCUUUUUACAUUGCACCUUGUCCAUUCCUUCUAUCCAAGCAGCCCACUCGGAUUUAUUUCCAAAAAUGAAUCUAUUCUACAAGCUGAGUAGCCUAUUCAUCUCAAUCCUCUCCUUUCUAAUGUAUCGUUCUUUGGCUUUAGAUCAUUAUUUUAAAGACUGUAAGCCUAUAGUUUGUGGAAGCAUUACCAUCUCUUACCCUUUCUACAUUUUAGGCCUACAGAAAUCCUACUGUGGCCAACAGGGUUUCGAAGUCACUUGUAAUAGCAAGAGUCAUUUAAUCAUUAAUCUCUCCAAUGAUACAUAUGCUAUUCAAGAAAUUUCUUAUGAAUAUCAAUCCAUGAAUAUUCUAAACACUGCCUUUAUUGAUGCUUCUUUCAAUUGCACUCUCGGUAUUCAUAGCUUCACCUUGGAUGAGAAUAGAUUCAAGUUUGCUUGUAUACAUAGUGAGGUAUUCUUGUUGCAAGAUUGCAACAAUAAAGUAAAAAGCAGCAUAGGAGAAUAUAAAGAAGAGUCAUGCAUAUCUAAUAAUAAAAGUAGUGGAAAUCUUAUUGGCAUAUAUGCACAAGGUAGAAAUUUGAGUCAAUUUGCUGGCAAGUGCAAAAAAGUAGUGUCAGUGCCAUAUGAAGGACGGAAUUUAACUGAUAUUGAUGGUGCUAUAAGAAACGGGGUUCAGCUGAAAUGGAAUGCUACUAGUUGUGUAGAGUGUGCUAAAAGCGGAGGUAGAUGUGGAUAUCAUUAUGAAACUAGUUUACAAAUGCAGUGUUUCUGUCCUCAUGGUGUUUAUCCUCAUAAAUGUCCGAAGAAGGUUCAGUUGCAACUAAUUUUGGGAUUAGGCAUUGGAGGGGUUGUGCUUGUGUUUCUAGCACUUCUAGCUGUCUGGCACCGUAAGAAGCUGAAAUUUGGUCACCCAAAAUAUGUGAGUCGGAGUGUGUCCCUUGAUCGGAGUGCAUCAGACCUUGAAAGGGGAAGCGUGUACUUUGGCAUUCCACUUUUCACCUACACUGAAUUAAUAGAAGCCACUGACAAUUUCAGUGAGUCUAGAGAGCUUGGUGAUGGAGGCUUCGGAAUAGUUUAUUAUGGAAAGCUAAAAGAUGGUAGGGAAGUAGCAGUAAAGCGGCUGUAUGAAAAGAGCUUCAGAAGGGUGGAACAGUUCAUGAAUGAAAUUCAGAUACUCACGCGUCUGAGACACCAAAACCUUGUAACUCUUUAUGGAUGCACUUCCCAGCACUGCAGGGAGUUACUGCUUGUGUAUGAGUAUGUGGAAAAUGGGACUGUGGCAGAUCAUCUGUUUGGUGAAAAGGCAAAACCCGGAUCACUCACAUGGCCCAUCCGCCUCAGAAUUGCCAUUGAAACAGCAAGUGCACUUUCAUACCUUCAUGCUUCUGAUAUCAUUCAUCGUGAUGUCAAAACUAGCAACAUUCUCCUUGACAGCAGUUUUAAAGUUAGGGUGGCUGAUUUCGGACUUUCUAGACUCUUUCCUACUGAUGUAACUCAUGUCUCAACAGCACCACAGGGGACUCCUGGGUACCUAGACCCGGAGUAUCACCAAUGUUAUCAGCUAACUGAUAGAAGUGAUGUUUACAGCUUUGGGGUUGUUCUCAUUGAGCUUAUUUCUUCUUUGCCUGCAAUUGACUUAGAGAGGAAUAGAAGUGAGAUCAACUUGUCUAACUACGCGAUGAACAGGAUCCAACGAUGUGCAUUUGAUGAGUUGGUAGACCCGAAACUAGGCUUUGCCUCAGAUUUCAAGGUUAAGAGGAUGACUACUUUAGUGGCAGAGCUCGCAUUCCAGUGCUUACAACAUGACAAGGAAUUCAGACCAUCUAUGGAUGAGAUUUUGGAGUCACUGAAUAGGAUAGAGAGUUCCGAUUAUGAUGCUUUGCAGGAAGAAGAGAUGGCUAAUGAUACUGGGGAAGUGGUAAAAACACAAAGUAGUUGUCCACCAUCUUCAUCUAUAGAUGAUGAUCAUGCACAGUUGUUAAAUACUCGUCAGCUGCAUCCGCCUUCUCCAAUUUCUGUAAUGGAUAAAUGGGACAGUAGAUCCACUAUACAAAGCAAAGACAAGUAAGUUGAUGUUUUACGUUUAUUAUUUUUUUGGAAAAACACAUUGUUAAGCAAUUAAAAUGAUAAAGAGGAACCUUUUGGCACCUCAAGCUCUAGGUAGUUUGAAACCAUGAAAUCGUGUUUUUACUCGAACAAUGGUCCAUAUCUGACUACGUACUAUGCACAUAUUGGAAUUUUUGAUGUAAGAAAUGUAUAGAGGAGAUUAAUCCAUAUUCUGCAGUACUGUUUUAAAUCUCAGUGAACUGUGUUUAGAGCUCACUGUUAUUUGGAGAAUGCUUCUUGAAAAUUGUCUAACACCUUGCAAUAUCUUAAACUGAUGUAUCACAAAAUUAUCAUUAUGAUUUCUCUGUUUUUUAUUUUUUUUUUUCUUCUUAAGAAAGUAAGUAGUCUAAGUACUACAGUAUGUAACAUAUUAGAAAUUAUAUCAGUUUAGAUUAGGUGCAAGUUCAUAUCAUAUGUUGCAGGUGACUCAGACUACGUCUAUGUAAAUGACUGAAAGCAGUGUUCUCAGACUGCAAGUAAGUGGUUCAGCAGUCAGGACAUAAUAGCCUAACGCCAGCAGCUUACAGAUAAGAUCGAUUUUUUGUCAGUUUGGGUAGCGUUGGUGCAGAUGCUAACUUGCAGUUCACUAGUAGAGCCAUGGAAAUUGGCCUCACAUAUAUAUGAUUUAAGUUACCACAGGUAGUUCAUAACUGAUUGACUGGUGUUGGUUUCGGCGUUCUGAAUGACAGAAUUCAAAGCUUCAAAGGGAGUUUUUAAAGUGGUGGAAUGAGCACUGAUCAAAGAGCAGGUAUAAAAUAAUUGUUCACCAUGACUCUCUCCGUCCCUAAAGAAUAAACAAUAAUUUUGUUAAGUUGUCA